AUGAAGCUUGAUAAACAAGCUAAAAUGUUUAAGGAUCAAACGAAAGUUCUUCACUCGAAGGGUAAUAUCGAAUAUUUCUGGCUCUUUACAUGUGAAAUGUGGUCCAUUCAGCAUUUCACCUCCUGGUCCAUUAAUAUGUUUGGAGCUUUUGAAAAAGACGAGGCCCAUACGGUGUUUUAUAACACUUUAUAUAUUAUUCGUGAUGAUUCAAGCACAUCACAAGAAGUCCUUGAGGCUUAUAGGAGCCUUCUAUUCACUAAAAAGGUUGAAAGAAAAAAGGUACGAAAACCUUUAGCUGAUAUUUCCAGUCAGCAAGAUUCGUUAGCAUCUGUACCAGUUGCUGGGAAAAAACGAAGUUUUGGUAACAUCAUGGAUAUCUCCCUAGAUGUUCCAUUACAGAAAAUGGAUCCAUAG